GCGGCGGUAAUGCACCUUUGUGUGGUUUGGUUACCGCCAUGAAACAUAAACCAAGAGAAGAAGAAGAGUGUGCCGCACUGAUGUAUGUAAACGGUGUCCAACGAUAGUCGACUAAAACCAGUUAUUUUGCCUGUAUUAGAACAUUUUAGUCAUAUAAAUGUAAGUUCGCCGUUCUUUAUGAAGUUAUGUUCCGUCCCACCGUCUAACCGUCGACUCUUCUCUGAGUUUUUACUCGGUAAACUUCCUGUUCGAUAGCUAGCUUCUCCGGCUAGCUAACUGUUUCUGAUAGCUCCGGGUCCUGGUUCAGGUAUGGGACGAGGAAAGGGACGGAUCCGACCUCCUAUCGGACCACCAGGCGAAGACGGACCUCCACUCGACAUGGGUCGUCCGGGUUGGAGUCCUCCGCCCCCCGGGGCCUGGGGCCCCCCGCCACCCGGAGGGUGGCCUCCGCCGCCUGAUGAAUGGGGGCCUCCGCCGCCCGGUGGUUGGGGGCCGCCUCCCCCUGGUGGAUGGGGGCCACCUCCUCCCGACGGAUGGGGCCCUCCGCCGCCAGGAUGGGGGCACCCUGAUGACUGGGACCCAAGGAGGCCUCUCCCACCAGAAUGGAGGCAAAGAGGACUCCCACCGCCAGGCUGGGGGCGUCAUCCUGAUGACUGGGUGCCACCUCCAGACUGGAGACCCCCUCAUCCUGAUGACUGGAGACCCCCUCACCCCGAUGACUGGAGACCCCCUCAUCCUGACGACUGGAGACCCCCCCAUCCCGAUGAUUGGAGACCCCCAUACCCAGAUGAGUGGAGACGUCCCCACCCAGAUGACUGGAGACGUCCUCCUGAUGGCUGGGGUCCACCUGGCUGGGGUCCGGACACCCCCCCUGAGCCUCUACCACCAGGACCUCUUCCACCAGGAUCUCUACCCCCCAUCCCCCCUCCUUCUGUUGGGAUGCCUCCUCCAGUUGGGAUGCCUCCUCCUGUUGGGAUGCCUCCUCCUGACCCCGCAUCGUUUGCCCCCAUAACUGUUCCUCCUCCUGUCCCUCCUCCUGGACUCCCUCCGGUAGGGUUUCCAGCCUACCCUCCUCCGGGCUGGACUGGAGAGGCUAUUGUAGAAGAACCGAUGCCAAACCCACCUCCAGAUCAGCCCGAGUGGAUAAAAGCGUUGAUCUCGGCUCCUCCUGGCACUGAAACGACUCCAACAGAAACUAAAAAUGCCACAGAGAUACCAGCUGCCACUACCAUGGCUACGGUUGAAGCUGCUGCAGCCCCAAAGACUAAAAACAAAUCCAAACCAAAACCUAAACCUGACACAAGCAAGACUGCCAAGGCUCUGGGUCUGCUGGGGAAGCGUGUGUUUGAAAAGCCUCCUCCAGGCAGGUCGACAGGGAUCAUAUCAUUCAUCGGGCCAUCCUUCGGUUACAUCGAGAGGGAAGAUCUGGAGAAGUUCACCUUUAGCUUUGCUGCUUUCUUUGGAAACCCCAAAGCUAUGUUGCCUGGGGUCAGAGUUCACUUCACGGCCUGCAAAGAGAAGCAAACCAGUUACAUAGCAACAGAUGUGAAAGUGGCCCCAGGUGGAACGGAGAAUGUAGACACAGAGAUCUACGAGGCGGUGGUCAGUCAGCCCAUCCAGGAGCCUCAGCCCGGCGAGCGUCAGUACCCCGGUCAAGUUUACGUCAACAUUGGGCAGUUGAGGACCAAUCUGGCAUACGAGAGGAAGGACAGCACAGUGACGCUGCUUAAGGACGACCAGGUGCUCAUCAAUCUGCUGACCGACAUCGUCAGCGAGAAGAGGAGAGCCACCAACAUCAAACCGAAAAUCCCCUCGACCUUUGAACACACCAAGGAGGAGAGAGAGGAGGGAGUCAUCAUCAGUGUGAAGGACAAUGAAGGCGUCAUCAAGUCUGAGAAACAUGGCGAGCUUCCUUUUGAAAUUAAAGAGAACUUCAGUGACGUUGAGUUUACGGCCGACGACAUCAACGAGGUGGUCGAGUUCACCGUCGUCACGCUGAGGGCGGGUAAACAGGCCAUUAGAAUCCGGAGAGUGAAGGAGCCCCUCCUCCUGACGCUGUGCUCAGCCAAUGCAGCGGUAGCUGCAGCAGCUGAGGAGGCUGAUGAGGAAGAAUCUGAUGAGAGUGAAGAUGAAGCUGACAAGCCACUGAAAUUUAAGACCAAGCCCAAAGUGGAGCUGCCGCUCAACAUGAAGUUAGAUACGGAGCUUUAUGAGGGCAUUGUUAGCCAGACCAUCAUCGAGCCCACGCCUACCUUACCAGGUUAUCCAGGCCAGAUCCACACCAACAUCGGCCCUCUCAGGACCAACGUGACCUUCAGCCACAGCGACUGUGGCGUCACGCUGCUGAAGAACGACCACGUGUUGAUCAACCUGCUGAUUGACGUCGCAACCGGGAAGAGGAGAGCAGCAAACAUCAAACCCAAAAUCCCGUUCACCUUCAGCUACACCAAAGAGACAAGAGAGCUGGGUAUCAUCACUUGCCUUGGGGCCGAAGAAGGCAUCGUAAACUCUGAGGAGCAUGGAGAACUUCCUUUUGACAUCCAUGAGAACUUCAGCGACACAGAGUUCAGCACCUCGGACAUACACAAGGAGGUGGAGUUCACGAUAGCCUUGGUGAAAUCUCAAAAGAGAGCCAUCAGGCUGCUGAGGACAAACAGAGUUGAGGACAAAAUCCUGGCAGAGCAGAAGAAACGGGAGGAGGAAGAGAAGAUGAAAAGGAAACAGGAGGAGGAGGAGAGGAGGAGGCGAAAAGAAGAGGUGUUAAAGAGAAAGCAGGAGGAAGACAUGGAGCGAGAGAGAGAGGCAGAAAGGAAGAAGAAGGAGGAGAUCGCAGCAGCACUGGCUGCAGCUAAAUGCAAGUGGACGCCCCUCGGCUUCAAAAUAAGAAACCCUGACACGCAGGAUGAACUCAGCAAGGAGCGAUUUGAAGGCACCGUUCUCAAAGCCGUUUCCAGAAAUCUUUUAAAGGACAUCAAGAAGGAGCCAGAAGAGGAGAAAGAAGGCAACUGUAAAGAGAAUGGGAAAUCUCCUCAACAGGUCAAAAUUAAGGAGGAGAAACCAGACGAGUACGAGAUAGGGGGGAAACCAGAAGGAAAGGAGAUAAAGAAGGAGAAGGAGGACGAGGAGGUGGCCAACAAUAAGUCAGACGAUGCUGGAGGUGGCGAGAAAGCGGAUCCUAAUACAGGACGACUGGUGAUGACGAUCAACGGGGAACAGAAACAGCUUCCAUUUGGUCCAAACGACCUGCUGAGCACCGCCACUAUGCUGGAUGGAGACAAGGUACGUUUCAACAUCGCCACCCAUCCGGAGACCAAACAGGAACGAGCAACCUUUGUAGAAAUUCUCCCUGAGUCUUUUGAAGAGUCCAUCGAACAGCGGCGACACGGGAUUGUGAUUGAGUUCUCAGAGGAUUCAGGGCUCAUCAAGUGCACUCAGAACCCUCAGCUCUACUUUCACAUGUCGGAGGUGAUCGAGAAGAAGAAACUAGAGCUGAAUGAGAAGGUCGAGUUUAGCGUCGUCCCACACGAAACAGCAGAGGGUGGGAACCAGGCAAUCCGGAUAAAACGUUUCACUGAAAGCGUUUUCCUUCCAACUCGUAAACUGGGCGGUGUCGGGGCGAACAAAGGAAAGAUGACUAUCAAGCUGUCAAAAACUUCAGAGGAACCUGAGAAAGAAAAACCUGAAACAGACAAGCUGAAGGCAGUGGUGAAAAACCUUCGAACUCAAGACAGCAAGAAUAGAGCAGAUUAUAGUGCCUCACGACACAGAUAUGGCCGAAGCAGGAGCAGGAGUAGGAGCAGAAGUCCUAGUAGGAGUAAGGCCACGACUAGAAGUAAAAGCAGAAGCAGGACUCCUCCCAGAGACCAGUAUGGACGUGUCAGAAGGAGACGCAGCACCAGCCGAGACCGUAAAAGCAGCAGGUAUAAGCGAAGCAGAAGUCGAAGCAGAAGCCGAAGUCGAGAGAGGUCAAAGAGGCCCACUAAAAGCCACUCCAGGAGCCGCAGUAGGAGUCGUAGCCGCAGCAAAAGCUUUAGCAGGAGCCGUAGCAGAAGCAGGGAGAGAAGCAGGGACAGGACCAGCAAGAAGAGGAGCAAAGUCAGCAAAGAGCGUGAGGAAAGUCACAAGAGGAGGAGGGAGUUGAGCCCCCCUCCUAGACGUGGUGGCAUCGUGGAUGAUGAGCUAGCAAGAAAGAAGAGGGAACUUGAGGAACUGAAUGAAAUGAUAGCCUACAAAAAGUCCCUAGUUGACGUAGACCCAAGGGGACUAGAUCCGGGUCAAAGGACCUGCAUAGACUAUGACCAUGGCAGGAUCUCUGUCCCUCUGACAGAGUACAAACCAGUCCGAUCCAUCUUGAAGAAACGACCGGAGGGACCAGAGUACCUUCAUCCUUAUGACGAUCCCUACUAUGACAGGCCAUACAGCCCUUACCAAGAUCGGCGUUAUGGAGACCGUUAUGGUGAUCCAUAUGCUAGCCGUCCCUACCCUGAACGACCUUAUGGCGACCGCCCGUAUGGAGACCGGCCCUAUGAAACUCGUCUCUAUGGUGACGCUCCAUACAGAGGCCCUCCACCUGCCAGCUCCAGAUAUACUGACCGCUAUGAUGUGUAUGAUGAACCCUACGAUGAUCACUACUUUGACCCGGCAUAUGCAGACCGACGAACAGAUGAUCCUUAUCGUCCUGCAAAACAGAGCCUUUCACCUGAACCCCAUGGUUCCUCAACAUCUCAGCGUGAAAGAAGCCCUGCUGCCAGCAGCCAACCUCCCCUGUCACAGGCUGCUGCCCCUUUAUCUUCCCAACCCCCUUUUAGACCUCCUUCUCCCUCAGAGCCUCCUCCCAGAAGCCCAUCUCCCAAACCAAAAAUCACAGCAGUUCCGGCUGAGAAACCACCCCUCGAUCGCUUCCUUGACAUGCUCAACAAAAAAGUGGAUGUAGAAAAAGCAGAACCAGUUUUUGCAAAUGAUGAUCUUUUGCCUCAUGAGCGGGCACUCCAAGAUGGGAAGGGUUUUUCUCGUAUUGUUGGACUGGCUCAAGAGCAACCCACCAGAAGUAUGCCUCUGGAAGAAGAAGAAAAAAGCCAACAAAAGCCUUUUAGAUCCUCAGCAGAAAGAACAAUUGAGGAACAACAGAGCAAGCCAGAACCCUAUGACAAGAUCCAGAGUCUACUCCGUACUAUUGGCCUAAAGCUGAGUACAGGAGAUGUGUCCAAGCUGGCAACUAGAGCCCAGGAGAAAAUCAGUGGCCUGAAAUCGUCAUCCACAGAACGAGAGAUUAUGUCUUCCACAGGAGAAGAACUGCGCAAAGGUAGAACUGGCUCUGUUGAAUCAGAUCAACCAGAUUUCCCCUCCACUGCAAGGUCCUCCAGUUUAGAGCCCCUUAGCAGACAAAAAGCCUUUUCAGAGUAUGAGGGAUUUCUGGACCAGCAGGAGUUGGGUGUAUUGAAGAAAGCACAACAGAUGCAGAGCCUCACCAAGACAAUAGGAAGUACCCCCUCUGUUAGUCCUCCAGUGAAACCUCCUCCAGGGCCACCCCCACCUGUCAGCUGGCCCCUAGGUGUAGCUCCCCAAAAUCCUCCAACACUGAGCUCCACAGCCCCCAGCACAAGCUCUCUAGCUCCCCCUACUGCAGAUAAACCACUCCAGAGAACUACUGCAGGCCCUCCACCUGGACCCCCUCCUGGGCCACCGCCACGGCGUCCUGGACAGACUCCUCCUGGACCACCACCAGGACCUCCUCCACGCCGUUCUGGACAAACUCCUCCAGGUCCUCCUCCUGGACCUCCACCCCAUCGCCCUCCUGGACAACCUCCUUUCAUCACAUCACCAAGUCAUACCACCGGUCUGUUCACUGGCCAGUCUCCUGCUGUUCCACCCCAAACUUCCUCCAGUCUUUCUCAGCCUUUAACCACCACCCAACUCACAUCCCCAUCAUCAAUAACUGUAGCAUCCACUGCUGCAAAUGCUGAACAGUCAACAAUAUCUACAACUGUGGCCAGAUGCUUGAAGGUCAUUGAGACAGUGAAAUCCCUGGCUUUGCAGCCGCCAGCCAAACCAGUAAAAACAGUCCAGUUCAGUUUACCUGCAGAGUCCCCAUCAACCUUCAUCCCUCAGACAUCUGCAGAGACUGAUGACGAUGUAAAGACCAAGCAGAAGGAAAAGCUUGAUUUGUAUAACCAGAGGCUUCUCGAAAAGAGGGAACAGCAGUUCCAGGAAAUGCUAGCCCGACGGAAACAAGGAGAGAAGAACAAGGAUGGCACCCCACUCGGCCCAGGCAAGCCAGUCAGCACUGAGCCCAAGAAUGUUUGGAUUUGUGGUCAUUCGCUGGUGUAUUGGGCAGAGUCUCGGGCCAAGUCUCCAGAGGUAGGUAUGCAGCUUGGCAUGGAUCCAAGCAAGGUGACAAUCUGGUGGAAGGGCACCCAGGGGAUGACAUGGUCCCAGCUACUUCCACAGCUCCACCAGCUGAAGGUCACCUGGCCCAACCCGGAUGUCCUCAUCAUACACUUGGGCGGCAAUGAUCUUAGCACUGACAGUCCCACCGAACUGCUUGCUUCCGUCAAGAAGGACUUGACCUCAAUGAGGAGCAUCUUUCCACAGUGCGUCCUUGUUUGGUCAAAUAUCCUACCUCGGAGGGUGUGGCGCCACUCAGCUGACAAUCAUGAAGUAGAUCUGAUCAGAACCACAGUGAAUAGAAGAAUCCAGAAUAUUAUCUCUGACCUGGGUGGCACCUCACUGACCCAUGACAACAUCAGAUGUGGCGCAAACACGGGUCUGUAUCGGGCAGAUGGCAUGCAUUUGUCCCCGAAAGGCAUUGAUGUUUUUAAUCUGAACCUUCAGGAUUUUCUGGAGAAGUGGGAAAUGGAGGUGAAUGCAGACUCAGAAAAAUGCUAAAGUAUGAUUUGGGUUUUUUUGUUUUUAUUCUAAAUGAUAAGCAGACAGCCUCGAUGAUAUUAUCUGCAAAACCACUUUAAGCUCUUGAUUCCAUUUCUGACAUUUCCUGUCUUGUGUGUAGUUUUAGUUCAGCCUGUUAAUGGAGAAUAAAGUAGUCUGCCUACAAUUUAAUAAACUCAAUAUCAAUUGAUCUGCUGUUGAAGUCUCAGUUUUUCCUUUGUUAUAAACAUGUUAGAUGAGGCAACAGUAAAUAUUUAGUCUAACUGUAGUUUUAUUGGUGAAAUUCUGAACAUGUUCAUGUUGGUUUGUUGAGACUUUGUCAGAUUGUCGCUAUUUGCAGAUGAUUGAAUAAAACCUUCAUCAAGUCAUCAGUUUUGUAAUACCAUGUGUUGUAUUUGUCUUAGUUAAAAUGGCUUCAACUUUCAGCAGGCUCUUGCUCCUGCCCCCACACACUACAGGAAACAGAAUGUUUCACCUAACUAAUGACUUGCAUAGAGCACAAUGACAUUAAAAUGCUUUUUUGUAUAUCUAAUCUGGUCUUAAAUGAACUUUGACAAGCCUCACCCUCCUUUCAUUAACUAACUUUUAUGGAAAUUUAUUAAGUAAGAUUAUUGAUAAACAUGGCCUUAGUUAAAGAAUAAAGACAAAGAUACGGUACGACCGUGACCCCCCAAAUUUUGGCCUGUGGGUUAGGUCUGGCCUUCCUGUGCCACUAAUCUGGCCCAAACUGAUCAUCACAAUUUAACACAAAAAUAUUGUAUUUUGACCAGCUUCCCCACCAACACUUGCAUAAUUUUCUCUUGUAAGAUUUUAAUGCAGUGUUUGAUAUUGUUAAAUUACUUCUCUUAAUUGAAGCGAAAAAUAACGUGCACAGUAAUUUGGGAUGCUUUCACCCUAGGGUCCCAGCCCCGGAUCCUAGUACACUUGAGCUGUAACUCUGGUUACUUUUGGUCAGUGUGAAUUCAAAUAUACCAUGCUCGGGAACGAGGCCCAAGUGCACUUGGGGAGGGGGUCCCUAGCGCAAUUCAAGUGGACUCUGGCACGGUUCCAAUGACAUGUAAUGCAACUGCGCCCUGAUACGGGACAGAGUUGUGUCAGCCAUAUGACAUCAACAUAAAGACAAAGCUUCUUUCUGCUGCUGGGAAUUUCACAUUUUUCUCAGUGAAUGGUGGAAAUAAUCAAAAUCAAGUCAACAAAUGAUCUGUUAUGACUCACCUUAUGGAGGACCACAAGUUGUGGUCAGACAGUCAAGUUGCAAAGGCAGUAACCAGCUCUUGUCACCUCAAAAACAGGGGUAUCUGCGCGGUGCAAACUCAUUUAAUCCUCUGAGCUGCAUGCAGAUAUGUAGAUAAAAAGGAAGCCAUUGCCUGCAUCUUGAAAGUAUUUACUAAAAAAUCCAGAAUCAGGUUUUAGCAUGCCUAACUUUUUAGCCAACAUCUUGAUUAUCUUGAUGCUAUUUCGCCCUUAGGUUAAACCAGUUAUGGAACUAGACAGGGGGUUUAUGACAACUCCAAAUCUCUAAAAACUUGUCUAAAUGGUUUGAAAUAUUAGCUGUUGUCCUGCUGCACAUCAACAAAGUGAUGGUAGUAAAAACAAGAUUAGUGAUAUGUUAGACAUAACUUUCUAACAUGAUCAGAAGAUCAUAUAUUAUCAGUAUUUCAAAUCCAAAGAACACAUUUUUCAUAAUUAAACUUCAGUUUAGGACAAAUAUUCCUGAUUACCAUAUCUUGAGUUGCUCUUGCAGACAUCCAAAGUACACAUGUAACCAUGUAGAAGGAACCAAAUUAAGGUCACAAUUUUACCACAAUAAACUGCAGACACUUGGCCUGUGUUUGUACAAUAGGAAUAGUCCCAAAGUUACACUUAUGAUAGAGCUUUAAGAAGCUUUUAAAACCCUUUACAAUAAAUGAAUAGAUGCCCCAGGCAAAGCAAAUAUGUAAAAAAACAAAAAAACACUAAACACAGUGUUACAUUGAAUUAGGACUUUAGUUUCGUAUGUCUUCUGUUGUCUGGUAUUUUGCAUUUUCCUGACUAAAAGAGGAAAAAAAACUACAAAACUGACCACAGCCAUGACAUGGAACAAAGACCCCUUUGUAGAAAUUUGAUGUUAAUUUUCUUAACUAUUGACAAAGAAUGCCAAACAAUUAGAAAAGAAAAUCAGUCCAAAUGUAUGAGCAGAAAGUGUGCAAAUCUGUUUAACAAAACACUUUAAUGAAUGUAUUUUAUUCAACACAGUAAUCAGUCACUUCACUCUUCACUGUUUGAAAUCUAUGUUGUACCUGUUGGAGCUGAGUCCGACCAGGUGAGUUUUUGUUGUUUUCUGCAGGUUCCAGCCCAGGCGAGGCUCAGGAUGAGUCAGGAACUCAGCAGAUGAACUGAACAAUUCCAUCAGACAUCUCUGCGGAAUAAUGUCCGACCUGUGCACAUAAUGUGCAAAAGAAUCAUUUCGUCCUACUUGUCAAGCUGUGACCACAACACUGCCGCUAAAAGCACUUCAACUAUGUCAGUGUUAGACAUAAAAAUAUCUACAUCUGCUUUUUUAGUGUUGCUGUUUUGGCUUUUCUGGUUUGGUACAUAUUAAAUGAUGAUACAAUUUUCUGAUCAACAACUGUCAAUUGAACAAACUAAUAAAGAUUAACAAGGCUUUAACAACAUCAGAGGGUUGCACCAGCUCUGCACAAGUUCAGUCGUAGCCUCAUCUCAGUGCAACAUCAUCUACACUCUAACAUUUAGGGUGUUUCACAAGCUGAGAUAGUCCCAGCAUUGGCAGAAGUUCUAUCUCAUACUGGGUGUGAUGUCCUUGGCUAAAGUGGUUGCAUGGGAAUGGUCUUGGAAAGGUGGUCUUUUGUUGGAUAGAAUAGCAGAAGGUUCUUGCAGCUGUUUGGUGGCAGCAGGAUAAUCUCCAUGAUGAACUACAUUACUCACAAGUGGACGAGGACUUUCUUUGGACGUGUGCUUCCAUUUUCCAUGAGUGGAGAUUUAUUUCAGCCGUCCAACAAUCAAGUAUCAUUAGAUUACCUUGUUUUAGCAUUGAUUUCACCACUUAAUGUCACUGCUAUUUCACACUGGCAGCAGAUGAAGAAACCACAUUGCAAAAAUCAUAGACUAAACAUUUCAUACAUAUAACAGAAGAGUCAGAGGUCUAAUCUGGGAUUAAAAUAUGUUUAGACUUGUUUAGAAGUAGUUACAUGAGCAGUGGCUUGCUUUAGCUUCAUUAGUUUUGGCUAAAUCUUACAUAGCUAUGUUAGCUACAUAAGUAAUGUUACUAUGUAAGACAAUGUAGCUAAGUUAGCUUUAGGAAUGUGAGCUUUAACAGAUGUUACUAUGUCAACCAAUGUAGCUUAAUUAGCUUUUGCAACUAGAGAAUUAGCAAAUGUUACUUUGUAAGCCAAGCAAAUGUAGCUAAAGUUUACGCAGAUAACAUACCUUUUUAACUUACAUAGCGGCUUUGUGAUCUUAGCUUUAGCUACUUAGCUACAUUAUCUACAGCUAAGUUUGCUUUAGCAACAUGAGCCUUAGUAAACAGCAAAAGCUAGCUUAACUUCUUAGAUAAGAUGUAGAUUACAUAGCUGCUUUGUGAGCUUAGCUUUAGCUACAUCAUCUACAGUUACAUUUUUUUUAGCAACAUGAGCUUUAGUAAAUAUAGUUAAAGCUGCUUUGUUAGCUAAGCUUUAGCUACGUAGCUCCAUUAUCUGCGUAGCUUAUGCAGCUAAUGGUGCUAGGUAAGCUGCAUUUGCUGUGUUAGUGUUUUCACUAAGCAGGCUGUUUAGUCGGCUUUAUAAAACAUUUUAUAUUCAGGUAUUACAUGUUGGGGCUUGAACUUUUUGUAUCCUAGCCCUGACCUUAAACGGAAGCUUAAUCAGAUUUUAUUCUACAAGUUUUAGCCUGUAUUUCUGUUCUGAGAUAUUCAGUGUCUCUGUCAUUUGCUUAAUGUUUGGUACACCUAAAAAUGUUCGACUAAAGAACAUUAGAUGUUAGGAUCAGCACUGGCCUCCCAACUACAGGCUGAGACCGUUAAAUCAUUCAGUAGUGGGUUUUUUGUACCCUACACUCCAUCACUGUUUCUGACAGUGUUUAGUUAGUGAUGUUGUACUUUACUAGUUAAGAUGAACUGUCCACCACUGUGGUAGCCUAACAAUGACACAACACAAGUAGUCUUUACUAGUUUACAUGUAGGGUUUAGUACAGACUUUACCCAGGACAGAUCUUGUGUAUGGCUGGUGCAACAGGCCACCAGAGAAGAAAAUAAGCACAGAAACGGUAAGUUUGGCACACUGAGGCUCCAGGUUCGUUGGCAGUCUUGCUACAUAGCGAUCCAUAGGUAGGCUUAUGAUAGAACAAAUAGGCUAAAUGUCAGGGUCUGUUUGUCAUUAUUUAGUUUCUGUUUUGUUUGUCAGAACUGGUAAUGUCACCUUGAAUUUGCAAUGAUAAAAAUUCUAGAAAACGUCUGAAAACAAUAAGACUUACUCUAAUGUUCUUGUUGUAAUUCAUCACAAAACACCAGAAAGCCUGGUGAAGUAUAAACAAUAAAAAAUGUUUUACUUUGUUUAGAAAACCAAUGGUCAACUUUUGUUGAUGCAAGUAUCCAGUCAGCCAGUCGCGAUGCAAUGCAUUGCAUAAGCUAGUUACAUUUCAACUGUCUAGCAACACAUCCAUGCAGUUCUGAAGUUUCUGUACAACUGUUACCCAAAAUUUUAACUUAAAUAAGAUUUUUCAAGUACAACUUUUACUCCUUGAUAGUUAAAGCAGACACAUUCUAAGUACAGUUUAAUACAAAAUUGUCUCACAAUCUGGUUAAUACUUUUGGCCAGAAGGUUAAAAAUAAAAGCCUAUUGCCAAAAUCCCCAAAUUUAAGUCAGUUUCUUUAACAGCUUCAACCCUUGUGCAGCACAGUUAAGGGAGCGUAAGCUCUUUUGUGUUUUGUGAACCAGAUGGUGUCUUUGCCUUUGUUCAUUAAAAGCAUAUUUAUGACAUGGGAGAAAAGCUGUUAAAGACGCACUGCCAGCCUUUUUAGUUGGUGGCUAAUGAGUUAAAAAAAAAAAAACUCGGCAUACUUCAUCUCUCCCUCAAAAUUAGAACACAGACAUAACAAAUCUUUAUUUCAUUUUGACGGUCCUAUGUUGGCAACUUUGGAAAACUGGCACCAGCUCCACACACUUUUCGAAAAGUUGCCUACUGUGGCCUGCUAUUUUGCAAAAAUGGCAAAGAAAAUAUACUCUGUUUAACCCUUCCCCCACAGGAUUUAUUGGCCAAAUAGUAUAUCAGUGUACCCUUUUGAAGCAUGUUAACAACAUAAGGGAGAAAAGCUGUAAAAGAGGCGCCUCUAGCAUUUUAGCUGAUGGCUAAAUCCCCCCCCAUUCCUUCUUAUCAGCAUGUAGGGAUACCAAAGCACAAUAAAAGAGCCAUUCUUGCUAUCUGGAACAAUCCAGUAGCCACAGAGUAAUUGUUUGGACUUCCUACUCCCAUGACAUGUACAUUGUUCUCUAAAUGCAGCCCUCUUAAGUAAGUAAUUCUUUAAGAUUAGGGGUGAACUGCAAAAAAGAACAUGCAUUAGGUCUAUUUUACUACAAGAAGCUCACAGUGGCUUUACAUUAUAUUGAUUAAAGUGUACAUAUGUUGAUGCCCUCUAUGAGGAAGAUGUGAUUUAUUUAUUAUCGAUGAUUUAUGAUUGUAACAUCACUGCUUUAUUGUCUUGUAGUGAGAAUGUUGAACUGUCUUUCUGUCUUUGUGUUCUUCAUGUUUGGGUUGGAAAAUAUGUUUGUAGA